UUGUGUGUCCCAGCUAGAGGAAUACCGGGAUGUGUGGGAACGCCCCAAGGCCGCGCAGGUAUGUUACGAGGCUAAGUUCGAAGUCACGGGAAAGCCGUACAAGGCUCGUGUGAGACACUACGAGCCGGAUAUGCGGCAGGAACUGGAAACCCAGGUCCAGAAACAGCUGGAGUUGGGCGUGAUCAGGCCGUCGAAGAGCGAGUGGGCGGCGGCCCCCCACCUCGUCAAGAAGAAGACCGCCGAGUGGCGGUGCGUGCUGGACUACCGGAAGCUGAACGAGUCAAUGAUUUCCGACUCUUACCCGCUGCCGAGGAUGUGGGACCACCUCAGGAGGGCGGCGGGGCGCAAGUACUACGUGACCCUCGACAUGAAUUCGGGCUUCUGGAACGUGCCUAUCGAGGAGGGGUGCAAGCACCUCACGGCGUUCAUAACUCCGAUAGGCCUGUUCGAAUUCAACGUAGUGCCUCAUCGCGCGGUGGAUCUCC